GACCAUUUUGGACAUUCAAAAAAUGGCUCCUGGACGCACGACGAAACGCAGACGGGUCAGUCCCCCUGUGGACGAGGAUACUGCGUCCUCGCGACCUUCCGGCGCCGCCAUUGGCGACUUCUACAAUCAAGCCGCCGAAUGGGACCUCGAACAGGACUAUGAGCGCCGACCCCGCAAAACCGGCAAGAAGGACAAGGAGCGCACUCGAUUGCCUAUUAAGACAGCAGAGGGAUUUCAGACGUUGGAGGAGCCUGAGCCUGAAGCCGAGGAGUCCGACAGCUUUCUCGGAACGGACGAUGAUGAGGACGAGGAGAUGGCUGAUACUGUCGCGGACGAGGAGGAGGACGAGGAGGAAGUGAAGGAAGAAGCGCCCAAGAUCCCUUUGAAGGUGCAGAUCAUCCAAGCAAAGGAAGAGCUUGCUAGGUUGGCCACGUUGAUCAAUGAAGAUCCCGAGGAGCAUAUCUCGUCGUUCAAGGCCAUGGCGGAGAUGGUGGACUCCGGCAAGCACGUCGCAAUCCAGAAGCUCGCCCUCGCCUCGCAAGCAGCCGUCUACAAGGAUGUCAUUCCCGGGUACCGAAUUCGCCCUCUCACCGACCAGGACAUGACCGGCAAGGUCUCCAAGGAAGUGCGCAAACUCCGCAGCUACGAGCAAACCCUCCUCUCGAACUACAAGCAUUAUAUUGGAAAGCUGGUGGAAAUCACGAAACCCAAUAAGAAAGAUGUUGCUCCCGUUGAUGCAGGAUUGAAGACCAUCGCAAUCAACUGCGCAUGCAACCUACUCCUUGCCGUACCGCACUUCAACUUCCGUACCGAGCUGCUCAAGAUCCUCAUCAAUCGUCUGGCCCGGAGACAGGUCGACGCUGAUUUCGUCAAGUGCCGUGAGACACUGGAGGAUGUCUUCCAGAAAGAUCAGGAUGGAGUUGUUUCGCUGGAAGCCGUCCGUUUGCUUUCGAAGCUGAUGAAGGCGAAGGAGUUUAGAGUCCACGAAAGUGUUCUCGAUACGUUCCUCAGCCUCCGUCUCCUCUCCGAAUUCGCUCACAAGGCUUCCAGGGACCGAAUCGAGCGUGAACCUGAAGAGGAAACCUUCAACGGCAAGAAGCCCAAGCAAAAACGGGAAUUCCGCACCAAGAAGGAGCGCAAGAUCCAGAAGGAAAGGAAGGCGGUCGAGAAGGAUAUGAAAGAGGCCGAUGCUCUGGUUUCGCAUGAAGAGCGAGACAAGAACCAAGCAGAGACCCUCAAGCUUGUGUUCGGAGUUUACUUCCGCAUUCUGAAGCUCCGCAUUCCUACCCUCAUGGGCCCUGUGCUCGAAGGUCUUGCCAAAUACGCUCACCUGAUCAAUCAGGAUUUCUUUGGUGAUUUGCUCGAAGCCCUGAAGGAUCUGAUUGCGCACGCCGAUAGAGAUGAGGAAGAGAAAAACAACGAAGAGGCGGAAGAUGAUGACACGCAGCCUUCGAGCACCCGAGACGCCCAUCGUGAGGCCCUUCUGUGUACUGUCACGGCGUUCGCUCUUUUGGAAGGACAAGACGCCAGCAAAGCUGCCGCCAACCUUCAUCUGGAUUUGAGCUACUUUGUCAAACACCUCUACCGCUCCCUCUACACCCUCUCCAUCAACCCCGACGUCGAAUAUAACCCUGACAAGUCCUUGCGCCUCCCGGAUCCAGACUCCCACGCAGCCAACAACGUGUACCGACCCAGGAAGAAGGUCAACUUCCAGACUCCCACCGUCCUCCUCCUUCGCUGCCUCCACUCCACCCUCAUUUCUCGCGCACAUGGCAACCCGCCCCCCGUCCGACUUGGCGGUUUCGCCAAGCGUCUCAUGACCUCUUCCCUGCAGCUGCCCGAGAAGUCGGCCCUUGCAACGCUGUCCCUGAUGAACCAGGUAGCCAGACACAACGCGCGCCGCAUCGCUUCAUUAUGGCACAGUGAGGAGCGCAGGGGUGAUGGUGUCUUCAACCCCUACGCUACCGACAUCGAAACCACCAACGUCUUCGCGGGCACGGUAUGGGAAGGUGAGCUGCUGCGCAACCACUACUGUCCUCAAAUCCGCGACGCCGCGUUGGACAUCGAGAAGAUGAUUAUGACGCGGAAUUAGGCUGUUGUUCUCUCUUGUUUGUCCCUUCUAGCGUGUGUGUAAAUUCUUAG